AUGGAGUUCGAACACCGCCAUUCGAAUUCCUCGUCCAUCCACACCGCUCAUCAUGAUGGCUCGCAUAUGACAGCGUCUGGACAACGACACCUAGAUGAUGCGGUGGAAGAAUACAAUCAUAAUCAUGAUUAUACUCGUAAUCAUAACGACAAUGCCAACACCAAUACCAACAAUCAACAACCUCAACUACCCCCCCGCGAUGGCGGCAGAGAUGCCUGGCUGUUCCUGGCGGCCUGUUUUAUGAUCGAGGCGUUGGCUUCGCAUUCGCCUUCGGCAUUUUCCAAGAUUACUACAGCACGCACGAGCCGUUCAAGCAGUCGGGCAACAUUGCUGCCAGUGGGACCUGCGCGAUGGAAAUCAUCUACAUUCUAUCCCCCUUCGUCUUUGGCCUACUGCUGGCCGUCCCCGACUGAAGCGGUUCGCCACCCCCUUGGCUUCCUAAUCAUGUGUGUUGCCAUCGCGCUCAGCUCAUUCGCGACCAAUACUACCCAUCUCUUGCUCAUGCAGGGUAUUGGGUAUGGCGUCGGGGCGAGUCUGACGUAUGCACCCACCAUCCUCUUCAUGGAGGAGUGGUUCGUCAAUAAGAGGGGGCUGGCGUUUGGGAUUAUGUGGGCUGGCACCGGCGUGUCAGGCGUCGUCCUGCCUGUCUUCCUCCAGUGGCUCCUCAACGCCCACGGCUUUCGGACGACCCUGAGAGUGUGGUCUGUCGUGCUGUUCAUCCUGACAGCUCCUCUCCUAUACUUCGUUAAGCCCCGGCUGCCUAUCGCGCAGUCGGCCAGUAUGCGGCCGUUUGACUUCAGCUUCCUCUGGAAUCGGACCUUCCUCAUUUUCCAGCUUGGCAAUGUCCUCGAAGCCCUGGGCUUCUUCCUCCCUUCCAUCUAUCUCCCAACAUACGCGAGUCACACACUUGGAGCCAGUAACCUCGUCGCCUCACUUACCGUUAUCCUCGUCAACCUCGCCUCUGUCUUUGGAUGCAUCAUCAUGGGAAUGCUGGUUGAUCGCUGUCAUGUGACGACCUGCAUCUUCAUCUCUACUGUCGGCAGCACUGUUGCCAUCUUCCUGCUCUGGGGCUUCUCUCUCACACUGGCACCCCUGUUCAUUUUCUGCAUUGCCUAUGGCAUCUUUGCAGGACCAUUCUCGGCCACCUGGCCUGCCAUCAUGAAAGAGGUCCAGAAGAACGCGAACUCGGCUGAACCUACGAUUGUGUUUGCCUUCCUAGCCGCAGGGAGAGGCAUCGGCAACGUGGUUAGUGGACCACUGAGUGAGAAGCUCUUGCAAGGCUUUCCCUGGCGAGAUGCCGCUGGCGGGGCGUACGGCAGCGGCUAUGGCACGCUGAUUGUCUUCACAGGCAUCACAGCCUUUCUGGGCGGGCUGAGCGUGCUGGCGCGGCCGUUGAGGUUGCUCUGA